AUGUCAUCUAAAGAGUUCUUCAGGUGGGCAAAGGGUGCAGCACUCUGCAGCGGACCACUGGAGGCCACUGCCCUACAUUGCCAUAUCGCCCGAGCAGGCAUCGAUACCUGGCCACUGAUUGUAGUUGACGAGUUGAUCAAUGCGAAUUACCUUAUCUGGACCCUAUGCGCCCACCUUGCAGAGUCCGGUCUCGACCAAGAUUGGACACGCAAGUUUAACACCCAGCACCGCUCCCAGUGGGUUCAGGCCCAAACUAUUGUGCAACAGACCCAGGGUGCUGACCAGUUCCAGCUAGAUAUCCCAACCCCGCCUAUGGUGCAGGCUGUGUUCACCUAUAUCGAUAAGUCUAGGGCCCCCCGCUACCUGACCAUCAAGUCCACACCUGCUGGCCCUCGCCCCGGUGCGGGUUUUCUGGAGCUCUUACAAUAUGCGUCUAGCCCAGACCGUUCCUCGACUGAUGUCUUCAUUGUAACUCUCGAUGAAGAGGAUGCGACCGGAGGCACCGGAGCCCCCGGUCCGCCCCCUAUGGGUAUAUUCUCGCGUCGGGCAUUCUCUCAUUGGACUUAG